UGGUUACUUGGUAAAAAAUGAAAAUGGCCAGAGACUUAAUUUUCAUUUGACAUUUAUUUCUCUACAAGUGAUAGCAAUAUUCACCUUUUAUGAUGGAAUAUAGCAAAAAUGGACACCUGUGUAUUUUUAUUUUUCUUGUUAAAGGCAGUAGCUGUUACUGGCAUGAUAAUGUGUCCUUAUCUAUCAUUCUGGGAGGCCCGUUCUAAGUUGUUCUGUGAGGGAAAACCAAGUUGGUAUCAUUGUCUAGAAAACCAAGCAGGAGAUCUGAGAGAGGCUUGUCUGCAACCUGUGCAAAUUGAAAGGGGGUAUUAUCCCGUCUUGUCUUUGGACUUGGACUUCAUCAAGCCUGUAAAAUGUCCAUCAACACACUAUCAACCUAAAGGAGAAAUGUCUAACAACUAUAAAAAAGUCACAUGUACCUACCCCAAGUCAUUAUGUGACGAUGAUGGUGAACAAAAAUGUGAUGAGGGAAGCAAUGUUGAGGACCGACUGUGUCGAUGUGACUACACAAAAGGAUACAGAUCUAAAGCUUAUUUACUUUCAAACCCACAAAAUAAGUCAUGUUAUGAAUCCAAGUCAGAAGAGGAGGGGUGUGUCAUGUUUGUUUGUCCAGAGGGACAGGAACUAAAUCCAGCCUAUUACUGUGUGAAGAAAUGUUCAUAUGGCUACUACCGCAAGAAACAUGAAUUUAACUGUGUGAAAAACAUUUCCAUACAGUCAUCAACGGUCAAGUAUAUUACACUGUCAUCUGAACCUGCCAAAGACCUCACUCCAAAACCCAAGUCCAAUGAUAUUGCUGAUGAUCUAAUAGUGACUUCAAAUGAAAACAGAUUCUUAAUCGCAGCUGCAAUUGGUUCACCCGUUCUUACAGUAAUUUUCGUUAUGGCUGUUAUAUUUGUGAUUUUCCAAAGUAGGAAAAAAGGCUGGUGUUCAGAUUUACAUGGCAGCGGAAAUACAGUCCAAGCAACACAGAUGGCAAAGAUUUCCUCUAAUGAGCACCAAUCCAAAGAAGACAAACCAAACAUUGUACAUGCAGAUACAUUCAUUGGGAAAGUGAUUAUUCAAAAAGCUGGACAUGUGAUUGUAGGAGAUAAUAAUACAAUGGUGAUAGAAAGCUCGUUACCAUGAACAGUGGAGGGGACUUCUGUCUUUAAUUCUUUUUAUUAGCUCACCUCAACGAAAUUAAAAGAGCUUGUGCUGUACUCUUGGUGUCCAAGGUUAAUUUUUUGGAGCAGAUUUCUAUUUCUAUUCUCUAUGCCUUUUAUCAAACAGAGAUGAACAGUAUUGACAAUGUUUAUAGAAACAGUCAAUGUAUUAGAUGCUACAUUUUCAACCCAAGAAAAACCAUGUUAAUAUUUUGAGAGCAAGUCUCAUAAGUCCUGUAUUGAUCACAUUAAGGAAUAAUACUAAACAGACUAGUUUUGAACUUUGUAACUGAUUUACAUUUUUCUAGAUAAGUGACUCAGUUAACAGUUUUGGAGCAGAUUUUUUCUUAAGUAACUAUAAACUUUAUGACUCCCAGUGAUACACAAUAUUCAUGUACCUUUAGAGGUACACAUCCUUUAAUAUGCUUCGGAUGCUAGAUUUAUUGUAAGCGAGCGGGGGGGGGGGGGGUUGCUUUUCGAAGAUACAUGUAAGAGCCCUUUAUUGACUAAACAUACAGCAUCUAGAGGAACGGUACACAAAUUUGCUUCAGAUGCAAGAUUUUAAAAGUGAGUGACCAGGUUAAAGUUUUUGACGGUCCAUUCCACUGUAACUACAAUGCCUUGAAUAUCAAGCUUGCAUGGAUUUUGCAUCUAGGGAUGCUUCGGAUGCUGUAAUUUUCUACAAUAUCUGACUUAAACCAGGUUCUUUCAAGUUUUAUUUUAACCUUUAUAGAAGACAUUUUCAAUUGGUAAUUCACCUAGGGAUGCACGUAUGCUACCAGACUUGCUUCUGAUUACGCAUUUGAAGUGAGCUUUCAAAUUGAUUGUCCGAGUUCAGCUUUCAGAGCAGUUCUAUGUGCUAGCCUACCUGGACCAUACUUUGUAAAGAUGCAUCAAAAAAUGCCUUUCAACGAAAUUG